CGCUGGCUGGACCGUCUCUCUCCAAACGGAGCGCUGGCUUGGCCGCAGUGUGCCGUCGACUCUCUCCGGCUGAGGUUUGGUGUUCGCCCGGCCCAGCGGAGCCGGCGGCAGCUGUAGCCCCCUCGUUUCCCGAAGGCAGUCCCCGUCAUGACCUCCUCCUUCCGCGACUCCACCGAGAUUCGCUAAAUGGGAUUCGUGGCCGGCCCGAGGUUUCCACAGCAACUGCCCAUCGGCUUCCUUUAUUUUUCAAAUGAGGACAACCGCACGGAUCUAACACGGUUCCUCUCCGCGCGUCUCUGUGUUUCUGGGCUGAAUCUUUAGACUCGUCAACGGUCUGCACAUGGGGGCGGGCAAGAGCAAGCCCAAAGAGCCCGGUCAGCGCUCCAUGAGCCUGGACGGGACCAUAGGUACAGGCUCAGACAGCGGGCACUUCCAUCACCUGGGCCCGGCCCAGCAGACGCAAACCCCUAACCGGAGCCCUGCGGUAGGUUCAGGCAGGCAGAGGAAUCAAGGGCAGCAUCACCAUGCCCCAACUAAUACGCCCGAGCUGGCUCUCUUCGGAGGGGUGGAUCACGCAGGAACUGUCACAUCACCUCAGAGAGGACCUCUGGCCGACCGGCCAGAUGGUCGGGUUAAUGUUGCUCCAUCCAGAGAGCGGCGGCCUGCUGGUCCACCAGAAACAGCUCUGCUGAAUGCUUCCUCCUGUCAAGGAUCUAAUGAGCAAACGGGCAACUGGCUGGAAAGUGGUGUCACUACAUUUGUGGCACUGUAUGACUAUGAGUCAAGGACCGCAUCUGAUCUGACCUUCAGGAAAGGAGACCGGCUACAGAUUGUCAACAACACAGAAGGGGACUGGUGGCUCGCUCGUUCUCUCACCACCGGAGAGAGUGGCUACAUCCCCAGCAACUACGUGGCUCCAUCUGACUCCAUCCAAGCAGAAGAGUGGUAUUUUGGGAAGAUCACUCGGCGUGACUCAGAGAGGCUCCUUCUGAACCUGACGAACAGACGUGGAACCUUCCUGGUGAGGGAGAGCGAGACAACUAAAGGGGCAUAUUGCCUGUCGGUGCUGGAUUAUGAUAACACCAAAGGCCUGAAUGUUAAGCAUUACAAGAUCAGGAAGCUGGACAGUGGCGGUUUCUACAUCACUUCCCGCACCCAGUUCACCAGCCUACAGCAGCUAGUCCUCCACUACCGCAAGCACUCUGAUGGGCUGUGUCAUGCUCUAACAGACGUGUGUCCAGUGUCCAAACCUCAGACGCAGGGACUAGCCAGAGACGCUUGGGAGAUUCCUCGAGAGUCGCUUCACUUGGACCUUAAACUGGGACAGGGCUGCUUCGGAGAAGUCUGGAUGGGCACGUGGAAUGGCACGACACGGGUAGCCAUUAAGACCCUAAAGCCAGGUACGAUGUCUCCAGAAGCCUUUCUUCAAGAAGCACAGGUCAUGAAGAAGCUGAGGCACGAGAAGCUGGUCCAGCUUUACGCUGUUGUGUCCGAAGAGCCCAUCUACAUUGUCACAGAGUACAUGAGCCAAGGUAGCUUGCUGGAUUUCCUUAAAGGGGAUGCAGGGAAGAUGCUUCGUCUGCCACAGCUGGUAGACAUGUCUGCUCAGAUUGCAGCCGGCAUGGCUUAUGUGGAGAGGAUGAACUAUGUCCACAGAGAUCUGCGUGCUGCCAACAUCCUGGUAGGAGACAGCCUGGUGUGUAAGGUGGCUGACUUUGGUCUGGCAAGACUGAUUGAAGACAAUGAGUACACUGCACGACAGGGAGCCAAGUUCCCAAUCAAAUGGACGGCGCCGGAGGCGGCACUGUACGGUCGCUUUACUAUAAAGUCAGAUGUUUGGUCCUUUGGCGUGCUGCUUACAGAGCUGGCAACUAAAGGCAGAGUACCUUAUCCAGGUAUGGUUAAUCGUGAGGUGCUGGACCAGGUGGAGCGUGGCUACAGGAUGCCCUGCCCAGCAGAGUGUCCCAGUUCUUUGCAUGAGCUCAUGCUUUCCUGCUGGAGGAAGGAUCCAGAAGAGAGGCCUACAUUUGAGUACCUACAGGGCUUCCUAGAGGACUACUUCACCUCCACAGAACCCCAAUAUCAGCCCGGGGAGAACCUAUAGAACCACACUGAACCGAGCGUGAUGGGGAGGAGGAGAGGGCCUCGGCACUGAAUGACCUGCACUAACUGACCUCAGCCGAGCGCCCGUUGGAGGAUCUGAGCCUGUGAAACUCACCCGUGAGGAACUUCUGUGGCGGAAGCAAAACUGAAACAAAAACCUGCUGAGGUCCCCUCAUUUCUCAAACAGGAACUGGAACUGAAGAACCUGGAGAACCUCCAUUCUGCAAUCACUCACCUCUGUUCUCCCAGGGCAGGUUCAGAGCUCUGAGAGGGGAACUUUUGCUGACCGGCUCCGAUUUGACUAAAGUAACUCAACUUGUGGGUAAAUGUUGUCGGGAGGUGCAACUGAUGUGGGAGGAACCAAAUCAGGAUCUACAUGCAGAGUGAAGGUUUUAAAGAAUUGAGCUCCUUUGAUGGAGAUGUGGUCAGGGGAGAAUAUUUCUGUUGGGCAUGAGCUGUUUGGUGACUCCCACUUUGUCCCUCCUCUGUAUUGGUACCUUUUCCGCCCACAAACGCACACUGCCACUGUGGCUCAGGUGCCAAAGGAAAGUCUGUCUCCCUUCAUGUCCUUCCUCUCAGCUUUGCUUCACUUCCUCAUUCUCUGUCCAACUUUCAGUAUCUCUGCAGUUUUCUCAAGUGCUGCUUAUUCAGUCUCCAAACAACUAUAUUUUGCCUCUUCAUCUUUCCGCGGACAAUAUGACCUUUGGUUUAAGUUUUAUUUUUCAGUGGCAAAUGGAAAGGUUUUGAUUAUACUUCAUUGUUUUUUAUGAUUGCUUUGUGUGUGUGUGUUUUUUUUUCUGUUUACAAGGUUGUUAAAAUAGCUAUCAUGGUAGUGCCAGGGUAAAUGUAAACGGGUUCUGUAACACUGAAAGUUGGGUAUUUUCAACUAACAUUUGAGGCCUUUCUCUCUUGUUUAACCAUGCUGCAUCCAACAAUUAAAACAAUUUUGUUGUAGGUAGCGUCUGAAUGCUUGUUGUUUUGAUUAGGUUUGAUUUCUCUUAAGUUAAUAGUUGCUUUGAAGAUGAUCAGCACUG